GCUCGACUGACCUUAUCUACUCUAUAGGGGAGGCUCACAUUCACCCAAUUUGAAACCCCCUGGAUUAAAUGUUGCAGUGGAGGCUACGGGGUUAGCUUCGUAGUUCAUCAACAAUGUCCACUCGCCUAAUUCUGUGUUUUGAACGGAAACCUGAAUACAGAGAAAACAUAUUUUAUACAUCAGGACCACCCUUCCACAAGGUGCCGGUGUUGUACUUACAAGCAGAUAGUUAGUCCGCCCUGCAUUUGGAAUUUGUUGUAUGGACCGCCAUUGAAGUUUUUUCCUACCUGAAUUUUUUUCCUACCCGUAGUGGAAAUGUAUAGCUUUAUCUGACAUCUGUGUUCAGGGUGGUAGCACAUUAUUAUACACAUCAAAUCCCCAUAAUUACAUGCUUAUCACUUAGUUCAGGGUGGUAGCACAUUAAUAUAGACAUCAAAUCAUCAUAAAUACCUACUUAUCACUGUGUUCAUGGUGGUAGCACAUUACUAUAGACAUCAAAUCUCCAAAAACACCUGCUUAUCUCUGGGCUUAGGGUGGUGGCACAUUAUUUGAGGCUACACAGAAAAUCCCUGUAAAUGUGUGUUCUGUCAGGAUUUAGAGUAGCACUUUAUUUAUUUUCUUUACAUUUACAUUUGAAAACAGCCUCUGUAAGGAGGGAAUGUAAAAAUGUUCAGAGGGGGUGUGGUGUCGAAAAAGGUUGCCCAGUGCUCAUGUAUUCAAAUCCCACAGUAAGUCAUUGGCCCCACGGUGAUUGUACAUCUGGGUGGGAGUCGUUGGUGUUACCUGAAUGGAAGUGUGAGUCUGUGUGCAUUGAAUACGGGUCAUUUAAAGUAUUAAAAAUACAAGAAACUAGCAUUCAUUGCUUUGAGAAAAUUUCGCGCCACUUGCCUAACAGAACCCUCCAAGGUUGAAGAGUUCUGUUAGGCAACUAGACGUGACUUUUCUCAAAGAUGUUUCGCAUCUCAUCCAAGAGGCUUCUUCAGUUCUAACUGGUGACGGGUGUACAGCAAGUACAAAAUGACAUUUAUCUCAGCCAAUGGCGAGGCGGUGCCCCCGUCGUCCUGCCCUCUAACUCCGAGCAUGUCAGUGACACCCUCCCAAGCGCUCCAAGGUGUUAAACUUAGGAGUGUUCUUCCAUCUCCCUCUCAGGACUACAAUAGAGAAGAACAACAAGAUCAUUUGGAAAAUAAUAAAUCGGGUUUUUUUUUAAUUUGUUGGACUGUCUGUCUCCUGUGAAGCCUUCAACUCCACCCUUCGAUCAAAUCUGGUGUUGCUCUUCGGUGAGUUACCAAGAUGCCUGUGCGGAACUUAGGGGGCAUAUGGAGUCUUCUACUGGUGGGGCUGCCGUACCAAAUCAGUCUGUGUGCAGAGAUCGCUGUGGGCUCACUGCCUAACAAAGUGUGUGACUACCGAAAAACCUGUAUGGGACUAGAACAUGACACCCGCAAUGCUGUGUGCUGUGGAAAUAGACUUCAUCCAGGACAAGGACUGUCAUGCUGUGGGAAACAAGCCUUUAACCCCGGUGUUGCCACCUGCUGUGAACACAAUCAAGGACACACCUCUACAGCACACGUUACAUCAGGUCUGAGUAAGGAGGUGUCGGCCUGCUGUGGAGCGACGGCCUACAACCCCCUCAAUGAGAUGUGCUGCCUCUCGACUGUUCUCACCAGACCUUCACCAAAGGCCAAAUGCUGCGGUAAAGGUGCGAUUGACGAGGAGACGCACCUGUGCUGCGGCCCUAGGAACAACAAGGCGAUCUUACAGCGAGACUCCGCUCACCACGUGUGCUGUGGCCACGCUCAGUUCAACCCCAAGACUCACUGCUGCUGCUCCAACCAUGACAGUCUGCAGAUAAAACACAGCAGUUCACCAUGCUGUGUGGGGAACUUGGCUACGAACCCACAACGUCUGAAGACCACUCUGCAAACUCUGUUGGGACCAAAUGCCAUGAACUCUGUUGCACUUCAUCCCACACGUCACACUGUGUCAAAGAGGGGGCCCUGCGGAGGAGAUUUCGAUGCGCGCACGCACCUGUGCUGCGGUGCGUCCGACAACAAGAAGCUCCUGAUCAGGAAGUCCGAUCACCACCAGUGCUGUGGUCACGACCAGUACGACACCAAGACCCAGUGCUGCUGCUACAAAGACAACGGCAUUCUCGUGGUGCAUAAUUUCACCUCCAGGUGCUGUGGACAUGAAUCAGGUGUACUAAUGCAGGCACCUCUUUCUCAGCGCAUUUGCACUGAACCAAAUACUAGCCUCUGUGGGACAAUAUGCUACAACCCAAGUCAGCUUAACUGCUGUGAGAGGAAAAACGUCGAGGGGCGGUGGUGCUGUGAGUCAGGUGGGUGUGAUAGUGGUCCCACCCUGUAUGACGCUCAGACCCAUGUCUGCUGUGAUGGCUGUGUGUCAGAGAGAAAACCAUGGACUAAUCAAGAUGCAGAGGAUGGAGAAGAAUGUGAGAGCAGUCUCCCUUAUAAUCCAGCUAAAGGAACUAUAUGUUGUUCUCAGUUUCACGACUCCCCCGGACAACACUGCUGUGGAACCGACACAUACCAGCCUGAAGCUGAAAUCUGCUGUGACGGACACAGACAUCCGAAAAUAAAGAGUGGUCGCUGCUGUGGAAUUAAAACCUACAACAUUCAGGACCCGGACGUGAAGUGUUGUGAAGGGACACUGCACAACCUUAAGGUCUUGGGCAACGGAGAGGAUGACAUCCUGUGCUGCGGAUCACUUCUACAAACUCCUCAGGACAUCUGCUGCUCCAGUGCGGACAAGGCGGUGCUGUAUGCAAACAAGACUGGCCACAGUUGCUGCGGACACCGCUACUACAACCGCUCCCUGUGGUCCUGCUGUGCUGGAUCGCUGAAACCGCUGCACCCAUCUGGACUGCGCCAGGGCAACGCCCCUGCAGGCUCCAGUCUGUCUUCGGUCUUUAAUCUUCCCCCAGAAGAUCUUUGCAACAAAAUCAGACUUGGGACUGUGGAGAGUGUGUCGCAGCGCAGCAUUGUUUUCAGAGACGUUGUGGAAAUCAAUGGAUCGCAGGAUUUUGUUAAAGCUCUGCCAACGCCACAUGUUCUGGAAACACCUGACACCUGCAACAUACCCAGCCUGACGCCUGGAGUGAUGUACUACUUUAAUGACGUGGAAGUGUUCACGGAUUUCCACCAGAACCCUUUAGAGUCUCUCUAUUUUAUCCUUUUAAAGUGCACACUCUCUACCACCUACGGCUAGUUGUUGAUGUGAUUCAUGUGGUUAAAUGUAAAUGUUGUAUGUGUCUGCUCUCACUGAAACACUCAACUCCACUCAGGGGUGUGACAUUCCCAACACUUAAAAUAAAGCUUAUAAAGCACUUAAAAA